AUGUCGAUUGUUGCUCAUGAUCCAAAGUACAAGAAGAUUAGUCCGUAUGACCUCACCUCCGGAGACAAUCCUGGUGCCGUAAUUUCACAACCACUACUCAAUGGUUUGAACUACGACGAAUGGGCUUUGAACUUCCGGAUGGCUUUAAUCUCAAGAAAGAAGUUUGAGUUUCUUGAUGGAAGUAUCCCAAAACCGGCGGCUGGAGAUCCUCAUCUUGAAGAUUGGAUAGCAAACAAUCACCUUAUGUUACGUAAUGCAUUGGCAACAUGUAAGCAGAACGGGUCCACAGUGGAUGAUUACUUUGGGAGAUUAACGAAGAUUUGGGAUGGCAUAGCUGAAUGUAUGAACACAAAGCGGUGUUCUUGUGGCAAGUGUGAGUGUGAUCUCAACACAGCUUAUGACAAUGAGAAAGAGAUUUUACGUGUUCACGAUUUUCUCUCUGGCUUGGACGAUUCUACCCAUGGAGUUUUUCGAUCUCAAUUGUGUGCGAUCACACCUCUCCCUGACCUCGACAGCAUCUAUAAAACAAUAGUGCAGAAUGAAACGUUGCGUUUGAAUUCGAUACCGGAUCUCGCUGUGAUGGGAUUUGCAGCUCAAGCAUCUGGUCCGAUGAACCAAGUUUGGACUCAUGAUGUCCCUCGACAGAGUUCCGACCAGCCAAACAAUGUUGGAUUCGGCUCCACCAACCGUGAUCCGACUAGGAAGUGUACUUCUUGUGGAAAAUCUGGUCAUGAAGCAAGUGCUUGUUUUAAAGUUAUUGGUUAUCCUGACUGGUGGCCUAAUAAGCCGCAUAAUAAGAUUGGUGCUCAAGGAUCACAAGGGAGUGUUAUGGGGCGUGGUCGUGGCUUCACACCGCGUGUUAAUAGCACACAAAUUGCAAGUGCAAAUACUGCUGCUGUUGAAUCCUCGCUGUUGCUUACCGAUGCUGAUCGUCAAGGUUUGAGUGGUCUUUCUGAUGAGCAGUGCAGGCUUGUUCAACAGUUUCUCAAUGCAGGGAAAUCCUCUUCUCCAACCGGCGUAACUGACAAGUUGAUGAUUUUACAGGACCGCAUUACAAGGAUGCUGAUUGGAGCGGGUGAAAGAGAGGGAGAGGGACUCUACCGGUUUCGUGGAAUUGAGAUGGUGACUGCGCUUCAGACAAGUGUUCGACCCGACAUGAGUUUAUGGCACAAGUGUUUGGGUCAUCCUUCAUUCUCUGUUACUGGAAUUGUUUCUGGUGUUACUUGUUCUUCUAGUGAUAGUGAUAUGAGCUUUAUGUUAAGAGUUGUGAUGUAUAUCUUCGUGCAAAACAAACUCAACAGUGUUUUCCCGAUAGUUUGA